AUGCCAAUGUUAGAAAGUUUAACACUGUUUCAAAUAUCGAAUAAGGGAGUUUUAUCACUUUCAGAGAAUGAAACAUUGAGUAAUAUGACAUAUUUAGAAUUUUUGAGUCAAGUUCGUGAUAUUGAUGAAAUUAUGCAAUCCAACUAUAUUAGCAAUCUCCAAAUAUUACUCAUAAAUGGAAAAGUCAAACUAGAACACGGUUCUGACCAUUUGGUUAGUGUCAUUAAUUCGACCGCAAAAUCUCUUGAAUGUUUGGAAAUUCACAAAGCCAAUAGUUGCUUGAAUGGGUUCAAGUUAUUUUAUUCAGAUUCCCAAUACUUUUCCAACCUUAAUACUUUACACUUGUCCAUGCCAUCAACAAUAUCAGAUUUAGAAUAUCUUGCCAAAUCAAAUAUUCUCGUAAAUUUACGAGAUCUUUCAGUUUAUAAUGAAGGUGAUGAAAUUGAUGAGGAGCAAGUGGUUGAUAUUGAUUUUGUUGAAAUAUUGGCAAAGAAUGAAACCUUCAAGAAUUUGAAUCGUUUGGGAUAUUACUUUUCUGAUGAUGAUAUUGAUUAUUUAUGGAAUAAUUUUAAUGCAGAAACAAAUGAAACAGUACUGAAAUUAUUGAGAAAUAUUGCCACCGAUCGGAUUUUGUGUGAAAUAAUUGACAAUUAUUUGAUCAAAUUGGAAAAUUUGACAAGAAUUGAUUGUAAUUUUUUCGAGGGAAAAUUAAAUAAUAUUCGGGUUGAUGAGCAGUGUGAGAAUUUAACAGAAUUGAAAUUUAUACCGUAUAAUGACAAAGCAGCCAAGAUGGCACUUUCAAAAUAUUCUAAAACAAUUAAGAAAAUGGAAUUGGUUUAUGAUUAUAAUUAUAAGAAUGAUUAUGCAAUCCAUGGUCCUUUCUAUUCAGUAUUCGAAAAAUCAAACUCAUUUCCAAACUUGAAGACUCUCGAAUUGAUUUGGAAUUUCACAACGAGUCAAACUUUCACAAACUGGCACAUGAAUUUGAGUAAUCUUGCACCAACUCUUGAAAAUCUAACAAUCAACACACUUUCAAUAUCAAAUGCUAGUCGUGUGAUUGAUCCAUUAUUGAAUUGUUUGAGCAAGCUGUCUAAUUUAGCAACUUUACAAUUGAACUUUAAGGAAUCCUUACAUGUUAUUCUCACAGACAUGGAAAUACUUGCCAAAUUACAUGAAAAUCUUUCUCUGCAUUCUUUAACAAUCGGAAAUUUUGAUUGUGAUGACUAUAUUGAUAUUGUCAAGUCUUUCAUUACAAAAGAUUUGAAAAAGCUGAGUUGGAACUAUGGGAAGAAUGCCAUUGAUAAUGUAGAAUUUGAAUGUGAAAACUUGGUGGAAUUGGUGGUAAAUGGUGAAGAUAAAUCCACAAAUACUUUUAUUCGAAAGCAAUUAGAAUCAAUGAAAGAAUGCAAAUUGGAAAAGCUCCAUUCAAAUAAUAGUUGUGCAUCAUUGGUUGAUAUGCUGCCACAGGAUACUAUGAAGUAUCUCCAGUUGGAACUGAAUAAUGGAAACAUUCAUCACUUCUCCAAAUUGACAAAUUUCUCCAAUUUACAUAGUUUAAUUUUGCAUGUUCCUGAAAUGAUUAAUGAUUAUUCUCAAUGUAAGCUCCCAAAAUUUCUACUCACCAUCAAAUUUAGUGGAGAAAUAACUGGUAUGGAACGUGGAUUCUCUGACAUGUUACUAUCAGCAGUCAAUUUACAAAAACUUUCAUUUGAAAAUUCAAAAUUACAAGAUGGGUUCUUUGAGAAAAUUAUACCAAUGUCUUAUCAAUUGGACGAUCUCAUUGUUAUAUACAAUACUGAUCUCACAUUAGAAACUAUUGAACAUUUGAAAAAGUUUACGAAUUGUAGGGUUUUGCUUUGGGAUUGCUUCAGUGAUUCAGUACUAGGUUCACAAUUCUCCAUAUUUUGUCAGGAAACACCAAAGGUUUGCAUAAUACGAAAGACUCAAAAAAUGGAUAAGCGCAAUCUUUUAUAUCCUAAACUUGACUAUACGAAAAUUGACUCAGUAGUGUCAGCUGUGAAGGAAAGAGUGAAAUCACAAGAUAUGAAAGAAGCAUAUGUAAUUAUUAUUGGCCUUUUUCACCAUUUUGGAAACCAAAUUGAAGAUAUUCCAAAUCUAGACGAAAUUUGCAAACUUUUCCUCAAAUCUUACAGAUAUGAUUCAUACCUUAGGGAUGCCACUUCAAUUCUCCCAGUAAUUAACAAGAUGUGGAAUGAAAAGAAAAUUGAAUUCACCAAGGUUGAAAUUGGAUAUUUGGAGAACAUUUCCAGAAGAUCCUCAAUAGCUUUUUGCCAGUUUGCACCAAUUUUACUUGAUUUGGGAUACUACUCUACAGUUAUUGAGACUCUUAGUUAUUUAAUGCUGAAAAAUGACAUUCCAGAUGAGACGAGUGCCAUUAUCGAAAGACUGUUUACUGAUUUUAUCAGUGGAGAACAGGAUUUAACAUCAUUCUCUGGGUUCGAUAUUGUGAAAAUUGCAAAAGGAGCUCUAAAACAUUUCAUUCCAGCCAAGAAGAUAAUGAAUAGUUUUAUUGAGUUUCUAAUUGGGCAUGAAUUUUACAAACACUCACACAAGACAAUUCAGGUUCUUAAACCUAGUACUGAGACAUCACCAAUUCUUGAGAAAGAUUUGGAAUAUUUCACAAAUUUGUUUAAUAGAAAGGAAUUUAUAUUGAAUGAAGUGUUGGUUAAAGUUCCCUUGCUUGAUCAAUAUUUGAGAAAUGAAGAGUAUACAAGCACAACUUUUAAUGCACUAGGAUACGAAUGGUGUAUUGAGUUUAUUCCAAAUCCUAAAUACGUGCUAUAUUCCACUAAAGACAGUUUCAAAAUUAAUCUACAACAAACUAAACCAGAAACUAAGCAAAGGGGAAUGGUGGAUAUUGUCAUGUGUAAUUAUGAUUUCGAACCCCAAACAUACUUUUCCAAUAGCAGAAAAAUUAAUUGGAAUGGAAGGGUCAUGAGCUAUCAUGUAAAAAAGAAAUUCUUAGAACCUUAUUCAAGAAAUGAUGAUUUUCUAGUUUACAAAUUUGUGGUAGGAUUGAGAAAUUUACAAUUCGAACCAAUUCAAGAUUUUAAUGAGGAAAUUAUUCAUAAUGGACGAAAGGACCUUUCUUCAACCAAUUAUCCUUCAUUUAUUUACACAUUGGCAAACAAGUUCCCAACCCUUAUCCAAACAUGUGUCAUUCGUGUCUGUAUGAAAACUCAUGAAACUUGGAUAUUUGGAGAUCAAUUCGAAGUUUUUGGAUUUAAAUUUGCACUUGGAAUUUAUAUGAAUGAAAAGAGUGGCGGCACUACUGAGCUGUUAGAAAACAAAACUCUCCAGGAUACAAUCAAAUUAACUCUAUGUUCCUUUGACUACAACUCUAUUAGCAAUAAUGUUUGCCUUGUGAAUCUCAAAGCCUUCUCCUCCAAUUCAGAUUUUCUUCCAGAGUCAACACGUCGUAAGAGAAUUCAGUUAGACAAUAUGUAUAAUUCCAUGAUGUUGCCAAUUAAUGGUAAAUACUUUAAGCCUCGAGUGGUUGAAAUGAAUGGUAAAUCUUACUUGGAAUAUGUGAUUAAUAUUGGCUUGUCAUUAAGGUGUUUUUGUAAGCAUUUUCCAACACUCUAUUCAGAAGAUCCAGAAACAUUAGAAGCUCAAAAAAAGGAAGAACAAGAUAUUGAGGAUGACCAGGAAGUUGACCAAGAGGAUGAUGAUAUUGAGGAACCUGAGGAAUAUUUUGGAGAGAAGGAAAAGGAAUCUCAUCAACACGGCAGGCAAGAGGAUGAUCAACAUUAUCCCACAACUGUGAAAACAACCAAAAAAGAGGAGGAACAGGAUGAUACUAUAUGGACCAUUCCGUUCUUAAUCUGUUUUGUGAUUAACCUACUUGGAAAGCUUAGAUCGCUCCUUAAAUCAAACUGA